AUGCCUUCUCCUGACCUCUCCGCGCUACCCACGCCGCCCGCCUGCACGGCCGACUUCUGCCUCAUCCCGCUCGGCACCGCGACCGCCUCUGUGUCGCGCGAGGUCGCCGCGGUCCAGCGCCUGCUGCAGAGCUCCGGGCUCCACUACAGCAUGCAUUCUGCCGGCACUACCCUCGAGGGCUCGUGGGAUGAUGUCAUGAGGAUUAUAGGUCAAGCGCACACACUUUUGCACCAGCAAGGGACCGUCCGGAUUCAGACGGAUAUUCGUGUUGGUUCUCGUACCGACAAGAAGCAGUCGUUUGAAGACAAGGUCGCCGCCGUCGAGAAGCUGCUCGCCGCCGACCAGGAGUAG